UCAUGCCUGGAUCAACUCUCCAAUGAACCUUGUCCGUUCAAUAACUUGAAGUGUUUGAAGAUAAAUGCAAUGCAUUUGACUGAUCGUAUACCAACAAUACCCACUCAAGUCAGAAAUUACUUCCUUGAUAACUCUCCAAAUGCCAUUUUCGUUAUGGAUUUACCACAGCAGGUACUUAAUAACACGAAGCAAACAAAGAGUAUGACCGAAGAGAAGCAAAAGGUAAAAAUAAGUGUUGUUCAAGCUGCAUCAAAUGUUAAAGCAUUCAAUCCAAAUCAAAGAGGAGGAUUGAAGAUAGAAGACCAAGCUGCUAGUGGAAUAUUCGAAAAGCAAAAGGCAAAAAUACAAAUGAACCGUCAGUUUAUUGGAAAGCUGAAGGCAUUACUGAGGGCACAGAAUUUGCAGCGUGUGAAAUUGGUAUCACAUAUCAUGAAGUGUAAAAUGGUAGAAUUCAAGGCGCAGGUUGAGAGCGGGAACCCUGACUAUAAAGUAAUCCAUUCAAUAGUGCAUGAGAUUAGAGACUUGAUACCCACAAGCUUAAGGGUAAAUUUGGAGGCACACUUUUCUUCUCAAUAUGAAAAGGUGAAGACUCUAUUACAUACCUGCAUUGAUGCUAGCCAAUGGGCAAAGAUUGAAACUAUACUAGGGAACUUUAGGCUAUUUGAAAGGUUUCACUCCAAUAACAAUCAUAGUCAGUCAGCUGGACGAUCUGUUGAACACUGUCAAGCAGCGAGACCGUCUACCGCCGAAGUACCUAAUUACACAUUGGCUAAGAAGGUGGCCCAAGAGAAACAGAAGGGUGUGACAUCAGGUUAUUGGCAGGCUAUUGCAAAGCAGGAUGUGGAAUUACAUAUGCAAGAUCAGGUUAUUGGAAAGCUAAAGGCAAAGGUGAGGGCAAGGAAAUUUCAGCAUGGGAAAUUGGUAUUAUUGAUGAUCAAGUACAAAAUGGCAGAGUUGGUAGUGCAGGUUGAGAGUGGGAAUCCAGACUAUGAAGUAAUCCGUUCAAUAGGGCGUGAUAUCAAAGACUUUAUACCCGGGAGCUCAGGGGUUAAUUUAGAGGCACAGUUUUCUUCUCAGUAUAACGAAGUUAAGAGUCGAUUAUUUACACGCAUCGAUGCUAGCCAAUGGGCAUUGAUCGAAAAGGAGUUAGGGAAUUUAAGGCAUUUUGAGAAAUUACCCUCCAAUAGCAGUCACAUUCAGGCAGCUCUACAUGCUACCGAACUUCCUCCAGCACCAAAACCAUAUCCAGAUAUUGUGCUACAGAAGAGAUCAAGAGAAGAGGUACCUAAUGACACGAUGGCUAAUAAGGUGGCUAAAUUGGAGGCAGGAAAAAAGCAACCAGAGCCUAUGCCCCAAGACCAAGAGAUACGAAUGUUGAAAGAAAAAAUACGAAUGCAGGAUCAACUUAUUGCAAAGCAGAAUGCUAGUCUACAAGUGCAAUUUCAAGUUACUGAACAGCAGAAGGUGAGAAUACAAAUGCAAGAUCAGAUUAUUGGGGAGCUAAAGGCAAAACUGGGGGCUCAUGAUAUGCAGCAUGAACAAUUGAUAUCACAGUUUAUAAAGUGCAAAGUCGGGGAAUUGAAGUUGCAGGUUGAGAGUGGGAAUCCAGACUAUAGAGUCAUCCAUUCAAUAGGGUGUGAUAUCAAAGGCUUGAUACCUGGGAGCUUAGGGGUAAAUGUGGAGGCAUUUUUUUCUUCUCAGUAUGAAGAGGUGAAGAGUCUGUUAGGUACCUGCAUUGAUGCUAGUCAAUGGGCAAAGAUUAGUACUGAGCUUGGGAGUCUAAGGUUUUCUCAGAGGUUUCAUCUGAAUAAGCGUCAGAGUCAGCAUGCGAUGAUGACAUCUUCAGGACUUGGAUGUACAGGAAGUAAUAUGGAGGGCUCUUGCAAGUAACUUGCAAGUUGCGACGAUAUCAUGCAUCUGUAUGUUUGCUUUAGAUUGCUUUUCACAGAUAUUUUGUGGAUGAAGUAAACGUUUAUUCUGUUGGUUGAUUACAUAACUUUUCAUCUUUUGCAUAUAGAUAUAUUUUCGUAUGGUUUUACAUGAAUUUUGAAAGUUUGCUUGAUUUAGUAAGCUUUCUAUGUAUUUUUGUAUGGGUAUUAAGGCUAUUAAC